GUGGGACCAGGUUACUACAGGGAUGAGAAUCAGAAACUCUGGAUGGUUGUAAGCCUGGGAUUUACUCCCGACCAUCCAAUUCAUAGCAGGCCUGAGUCCCCUAUGACUGUCACGUUGUGCUGGGUGAAUGAAUGCUGCCAGGAGCCCCUGUCCUCAUUCUCCUCCUGUUUGACAUGCCUCCCCGUGAUGUGGAAGAUUUGUUCUCAGUCAUUAUACAGUGGCACAGACUCAAGGCUCUGGAAAUUAGUGCACUCUUUUUUGGUUGACACCACAAGAUACCUGGUCCUAGAGAUGGAGAAUCAACCUGGUCGUGGCAACCCUUCAGGACCAUAUCCCUUGCACCCUCACUGAAGAUUUUAUGCAUCUACUUCUCUCCGUAUUCCACAUGUAUCCAGUUUCCAGUCUCUCCUACAUGGCCCAGCCCUGAACUUCACAUGAUCUGCUCCUGUGAGCCUGGCUGCCUGUGUCCUGAGCCUUCUCACUUCCUGGGUACAGCUGUGACUUUCUUGUCUCCUUCUGCCUCUGAUGCUGAUCUUACAGAUUGUCCUUCUAAAGACCUCUUGUCCAUUUGAACCCCUCCCCUGGCCUCCCAGUGCAGCAUGCCCCUCAGGUGAUUCUGAUCUGGAGGCGCCUGUGGAGCAGGUAUGGAUGGGGACUCCAUGCCAUGUGGAUCUCUGAGUUACCAAUGCUGGCUGGAAGUUGACCUGGUGCUGGGCAGAGGGCGCUGUGCUCCGAGCUUGAAGGCACAAUGGGAUGUGCACAGGGAGCAUCUGGUCACUUCUCCCACGUGCUCAGGACUUGGCUCCCAGAAGUGAUGCUGACCCUAAUCCCACCCCAAACUUGUUUUUAACUAAUUAAACUUACUGCUUUUACU